GCCACCCAGAUGCCCCCUUCCCUUCCUUUAAAAAAAAAAAAAAAACUCUACCUUCCAUCUUAGAACUGAUAACUCUGGAACAGUCUCUCACCCACUUCCAUGUCUCGGUGUCCCCAGAGUGACUGAGAGGAGCUGAGCUUUCUGAGGCUGGAACCACCCACCAUGGCGGUGUCCCCCACACCUGAGCAGCAGGACUUUGUUCCUGACAUCACAGUGCAGAGGAGGACAAAUUCGAGUUUAGAUCCUGUGGCUGAGACAUCUCGAUUUCCUUUAUUCUACUUUAUAAUGAUCCUCUCUCUGGUCGUUGCCCUGGUUGGCCUGGUGGGGAACAGCAUCGUCCUGUGGCUCCUGGGCUUCCGCAUCCAGAGGAGCCCCUUCUCCGUCUACAUCCUCAACCUGGCUGGGUCCGACACCCUCUUCCUUGGUAGCUGCUUUGUGUUGUGCAUAUGGGAAAUUGUUGGAGAUUUCAAGGUCCUUGACCCGGAUCUGCUAUGGAGCUGCAUCCUAUACAUGCCCUACUGCGUGGGCCUGAGCCUGCUGGCUUCAAUCAGCACCGAGCGCUGUCUCUCUGUGCUCUUCCCCAUCUGGUACAGAUGUCACCGGCCCAAGCACACGUCCGGGGCUGUUUGCGCUGUCCUAUGGGCUCUGCCUAGUCUAUUCAGCGGAGCACUUGUGGCUCUUCGUUUCCAUUCCAUUGACCGUGUCUACGUUUCGCACCUCUCUCUGCGCUUCCUCCAGAUGGGAUGGUUCGCCCUCCUCUCCUGUGUGCUGUGCGUGUCCAACCUGACCCUGGUGCUGAGCGUCCAGAGCAUCUCCCAGCGCAGGCAGCCGCCCCGGCUCUACCUCCUGAUCCUGCUCGCGGUCCUCGUGUUCCUGCUUUGCUGCCUGCCCUUGGGGAUUAUUAAAGCAAUUGAGUUCUUCAGUGGCUUCAGUCUAAUGCCUUAUGGGCUCCCUUGGCUCCUGAGCUGUGUGAACAGCAGCGCAAACCCUUUCAUUUACUUCUUCCUGGGCAGCCAAUGGCGUAGAAGAGGGAGGGAACCCCUCAGGGUGGUCCUCCAGAGGGCCCUGGAGGAGGAGCGGGUGGAAGGGGAUGGGGGGAGGGACACUUCCCACGCCAACACUCUGGAUAAAUUAUCCUGA